AGGAGAGAGAGGGAGGAGAGGGAGGAGAGGGAGGGCAGGAAAGAAAACUUUUCACUUCUGAGGAGCUACAGAGGAAGCGUGUGCGUGUGUGCGUGCUGGAGCGGAGACCAUGCAGGAGGAGUCUGGAGAGACAGUGAGCACUGAAAGCGAUGGGGUGGCAGAGUGGCUUUGCCCCCUCUGCCAGAAAGGACAAACAGACAGAUCCUCCCUGUCUCUGCAUCUCACAGAGCAACACAGCGUCCUUCCAUCUUGUGUCAACAGACUGCUGGACAUUGCUGUUCUAAAACAGGGUGCCAGUGGAGGAAGAGAGGACAGAGGUGCUCAAAAGUCUUCAGAUGCUGAAUCUUCACAACUGAAGCACACUGAAGACAUCAGUUCAGAGCCCUUCCAAUCAAGCAAGAGUUCAGACGCUACCAAGGCGCUUGGAAACAAAGAGAUGGAGGAAGAGAGAAUAAUGGAACAGGAGGGAGUUGAAGCUGAGUCCGAGCCAGAAGAGGAGGGAAAUCAACUCACAGGAGCCAAACAGCAAAAUGCAACUGAAAACACAGAAAUCCCAGCAGCCAGUGAAAAGUCAGUUACUAAAAAUGGUGUGCCAGCUGAAAAUAACACCCGCUCAUUCAAAUGCAAUGCCUGCCUGGAAACUUUUCCAAGCAGAACUGCCUUGAGUGUUCAUUACAACUCUGCAUCCCACAUUCAGAGGAUGACAACAGGUUCUGCAAAACAGGGUGGGGAAAGUGAUCCCAUCAUUCCCUCAGUUCCUGUCCUGUCUCGGCCAUAUAUAUCAAACAAACCUUACCAAUGUGCUAUAUGUCGAGUCUCUUACAAUCAUGCCAUCACCCUCGAGAGCCAUAUGAAAUCUGUCUUGCACCAGACACGCAGCAGAAAUGCUGGAAUUGUUGCACAUGCUGCAAACAAUGCAGUGGCCUCUGCUGGUUUGGGAGGUAGCACUGUCACUGCUCCAAAUUCUGUAGUGAACACACCUGGAAGUGGAUCCAGUCAGUUAGUGACCACCACCAACUGUGCUGUUCCUGGGACCGUGAUGGUAACGACUACAAAAGAUGAAGAGCAGAUUCAAACUUCACAAGUGGCUCCCUCCCUCCUCACCUCCCCUGUGGCCUCAGCUCAGGCAGUUUCAGCCUUCCUCACCCUCCUCACAUCGAGUCCUAACACCUUCUCACACUCCCUCCUCCCCUCUCUGUUUGCGGCUGGUGCUGCUACUGGUGCAAAUGCGCAUCAGCUUGUGCCUCAGCCUCAAAUGGUCAUGCCCUUAAUUUUGAAUGGGCUGCAAGCCCAAACCCAGCAGCACCAAGAGAACCAGCAAGGCCAGCUCCUUACCCAGUGUGUACCAUUCGUAGGUCUCAGCACAGCCCAGCAAGCCCUCUUAACCCAAAGACUUAACAGCUUACAGAGCCAGUGGCCCUCUCCAGGAGUUUCAACAAACAUGCAGUCCAGCCUGGAAGAACAAAAACAGACUAUGUGUGAGAGAGUGUGUGAGAGAGAGCAAGAGAGGAAGGACAGUGAGGAGACUGUUGAGAAGGUUUUAGCUCAGAUAAAGGACAGGGAUAACGGGACAACAGAGAAAUUCAAGCAAGAGGACAGUAAAGAAUUUGCGCAGUGUCCUGAUAUAGAAAGCAAAGUAAAGUCUGAAAAUAAUGAAGACAAUGCAAAGGCACAUAGAGAUAGCACAACAGAUGGAGACAGCUCGACUAAUCAGUUGGACCUGGAAGGUGAUAAAGCAGCUAGCCAGAAUCUCUCCCCAGCAGGCACAGAGAAGAGCCUUCGCAAUAACAACCUCUCGCCUUCUGCAUCUGUGCCCAGCAACUCCACCCUCAGUCCAGUAAAUUUAAACCUUACACUUAGUCCUGAUUCUACUCCGCAAAAAUCACAAUCAGGCACUAGCCCUUGCGACUCUCUUGGCACCCCAAAAUCCAGCCCGAGUACAAAUGCCUUAAUUAACAACCAAACUCGAUCGCAUUGUAAAACAAUGGGAUCCAUUUAUCCAGACCUUCCAGUGUUGUCAGAGUUCCAGUCAGAAGUUCUCUGGGCGUUCUUUGAGUCACGUAGUGAGGCUGAUGCUGCAAGUCCUCCCCAUGAAGACUGUGAGGCGCUGGGCAGAGAGGUUGGGCUUGCUGAGGAAGAGGUACGUAGGUGGCUGAGCCAAGCCCGGCAUGCUAAACAGAGGCAGAGGGCGACAGAAUUGGACCACCUACAAGGCUUUGCAGGAUUUACAAGACAUGCCCAAAGUUUGGACAAUGACUAUGAUGACGAGGAAAGGUCACUGAUCAUAGCAGAGGGUGAGGAUGAUGCUGAAGCUUCAGGGAGUCAGGCAAUAGAUUUGUCUAGUAGAAGAGGGAAACGCCGACAGAGAGAUUUAGGAAGGGAGGGUCAAGGAGAUUCUUGCCUUACCUCUGACUCAGAAAAUGAGGUAUACACCUCUGUCAUUGUGUCCGAUGAGGAAAGUCAGAAUGGGUCUUUGAGGGAGGGUCCUGAGAGCCCUGCUAAAGGUGAAGCACAUCGGGAGGUCCAUGGUGACAAGGGGUCGGUUGGAGGAAAGGUCUUGCGCUCCACAACUGUGUUUCUCUCAGAUGCAGAGGAUGAGUAUGAAGAUGAAGAGGGUGGAGGGGGUCAGAGGACCAAAAGGAAAAAGCGAAAGGGGGAGUUUGAGCGUGAUGAGGUGGAGGUAAAGAAGGAAAGGCAGGAUCCAGAUGUGGAUCUAGAAUUGGAAGCCCAAGGGGAUCCUCCAACUUCAUUGAUGCACUCAGUGGACCAUCCUGAGACUCCAACCAGUGCUCUGCACUCACUUCCUUUGUCCCUUACUCACUUUUCUACUCAGUUCCUUAGUCCCUAUGUCCUCUCUCUUACUCCUUCAGUGGUUGGAGAUGGGAACAAAGUACCUGUCUUUCCUAAUCCACCAACCAUCACACGCUUCUCCAACUCUCUUCUCUCGCAGUCUCUCUCCUCCCGCAACCAGACUUCUCACUACCUGUCCAAUGGUGGCGACUGUGAGUCUGCUUUAGACCUCAGCAUGGGGAAAAACAGCUCAAAAUCUGGUUCUUCCUCAUUGUGUCUGGCUGAUAAAAUUGCAGCACAGAAGGGGCAGUUGCUGGAUGGGCUCGGCCUGAGGCCCACAUCCAAAGGUCUGGUAGUUGUACAAGUUAAGCCUGAAUCUGUUGCAAUGCCUUCCUCCAACAGCAGUAUGAGUCUUGUCAACUGCAAUAACAUGACAAAGUCUAGUAUUUAUAUGAGGGCAGCAGAGAAAAUGAAUUCUACAUUACUGGAAAGGGAACGAGAAAAGGACAGAGAGAAGGAAAAGGAGAGAGAGCAAGAACAGCAGCAAAGGAAGUCCAAAGGAAAAAGGUACAGGGACAUGCGACGUUCGAGGACUAUCAUCCAAGCUGAACAGCUUGACAUUCUGUAUGGCUGCUAUUUCAAAGACCCAAAUCCUGGGAAACACGAGUUUGAACAGAUUUCAGAGUGGGUCCACCUUCCAAAGAAGGUUGUUCAGAUUUGGUUCCAGAACAUGAGGGCAAGAGAACGAAAGGGUGAGGUCAGAUUCAUCAGUGAUGGCACCCUGGCAGCAGUUGGCAAACCUCUCAUCAAAUUUACCUGGCCUCUUUCCAAACCCAUAUUCUCCAACAAGCCUGCUCCAAACAAUACUGGGUGUAUUACAACUACCCCUAUUGUGCGCACCCUCAUGAAGACAGAGAGGGAGCCUAUAAAGGAGCUGGGCAAACCAGCAGUGGUGAAAAAACCAACCCCUGUUCCUAUCAAGCCUAAGGAGGUUGUUUCUUCUACUGCAGCCUCCCCUGUGAGCAGCAAUGUCUCUGCAGUGCCAAAGACCAAGCUUGAAACCACCAGCAACGUCACUAUGGUCAAGGUUGCACCCAAAGUCAACAGCCCUGUCCUUUUAGCUCCGCCUAAGGAUCCAAUCCCAAUUGCCCCACGACCGGCCCAGAAACGAAAACUAGAUGAAGAGAGUGACGAAGAAAAGACUGAUGAAGAGAGGGACAAUGAAAAUGAGAUGGGUCCUGGACCAGGGAUCACUAACCGCAUGGUGCCCAAGCUGCCCACAAUUGCCAUCAACAACAGGCCUCCUGCCACAACUGUGGUGCCACAAAAACAAAAUGGGCUCAACUACUGGACCCCCAAAGUCCCCAUUAAGAUCAACACUCUAUCAAGAGAACAACUGGCUCUUCCCACACACACGCCUCCUCGUACCAUCCCCCCUCCUCCCACCCCCAGUAUUGCACCAGUUAGCCCGAAUACUCCCAGCUCUGCCAAAGUGGCUAGCCCCUCCACCCCAGCUGUGGUUAAAUCAAGCCCAUCAGAAAGCAGCUUUCUGCCCCAUUCAUCCAGUCGUAGGCCACGUACACACUUGUCCUGCCUACAGUUGUCGAUUCUGCAGUCCUGUUACGAGACCUGUGCCCAUCCUAAUGCCAUGGAGUGUGAGGCAAUUGGCAGUGAGCUCAACCUACCGCUCAAGGUAGUGCAGAUCUGGUUCCAAAACACCAGAGCCAAGGAGAAGCGCUGGAGGCUGCAGCAAGAAAAAAUGUCUCCUCUGUCAGGUGGAAAGGUGGACAUGAGCUCAGGAAGCUACUUGCAGUACAACGCUCUCAAAGCCAAUCGUCCCAUCCUGCCCAAACCUGUUCAGCUGACAGUUACUGAACCUCCUGCUUCCCCAGUGGCUGGCCAGCCAGUGCCAAAGGAGACCCUGACAGGCCGCUGUGAUGCCUGCAGUGUCUCCUUUGAAUCCCGGGCUGCAGCGAGGGCCCACGUCUUUUCCCCACGUCAUCUGGCAACCUUGAGAACCACUAACUUUGGCCAGCCGACAACGCUCGUCAACAAGAAUGGCACCGGAAAUGGUGGACCUGGCAGUGUUGUGCCGGGCUCGCAGGUCUCUCAUUCCACUACAGUAACCAGUUCUGGGGCUGGUUCUGGAGGGGAGAUGGUUAUUGAGUCGCCUCCACCGACAGCCACCAGCAGCAGUUAAAGACUCAGAUCAGGAUUGGUCUGCACACUGACUAUUCUUGGACCCAUUUGGGCUCCUCAGAUUUUAAUAAACAAAUUUGAGCACUAAUUCUCAAAAGCUAUUAUUGUUUAGUUUUUGAAGCUGGCUCCUCCUGCACCUGCUAUCCUUUGCUCAGCCUUCAUUGACUUGAUAUCCGUUAAUAGAGUUCUCCUGGAAUCCAACAUAACAGCAGACUAUUUUCACGCUGCUUCUCACUACAUCAGCUGCUGUCUGAUAUGUGAUGAACAUGUCAAGUCUCUUGAUCCUCACACACUUUAUCCAAACACUUUUGGUCCUAACCCUGUGGUUAUAUAUUACCUUAUUUCAGUGACCUUCCUAUAAUUUGUAAAGGCACUCAACUUGCCAUGCUUGAGCUGUCCUACCUUAAAGACUGAUGCAAAAGUGUUUCCUCUUUGAAAGUGGCCAUUUGACCGUGGGCCCGGGAACACUUUUUGGGAUAAUAACAUGAAAUUCUCACAGUGAAAACUCCCAGUUUGCUCCUGUGGAAUUGUUUUUCUUAUGCCCCCUUUCCCUUCUAGAGCAAAGAUUGCUUGGAUAAAACAUGACUGGACUGAACCAACAGGAGAGGAAGAACUGGUAUUGAUUGUCACUUUUUAAUUUGCAAUGGAAGUGUCAUCUGAAGGGUGUUGUGUCUACUCAUUUGGGAUAUAAGAGGUACUUCAGAGAGAAUAGGACUGUUGAAUUGUCCCCAUUUACAUGUUCACAGUUUUCACGACAAUCCAAAUAGAGCAAAAAGAGGCUGAGGAACGUAGAAUCCUGGCAUACCGCACUUUGACACAUUUUACAUUGUUUGAAAUGUUUUUAAGCAUUCUGAUGCAAGUGUCUUUAUUGAAAGAUACAUCAAUGCAUGUUGGAUGCCUUAAUAUAAAUCACGUGAAAUAAAUUGAUUUUUUGCUAGUCUAAUGAAACACGCUUUAGGUGUGAGCAUAAUAUUGUGGAUGAGGCAGACCUGGGAACAAAUGGAGAAGAGCUCUGUUCCAAAAUGCUUUUAAUGUAUUUCUGGGGGAAAAUCUGUGAAUGUCAUUUUCUUUUUCCAGGACAUAAAUCCUGCUUGCAAAGUUCUCAUCACUCUCAUGGCCAAUGACUUAAAAUACCAACUAUCUUGCUUUUACAACAAAUUUCUUUGAUCCACCCAAAUGUGUACAUGUUAGAAUACAGCUCUUCAAACCUGUUGGAAGAUAAAUGUUUUCACCUACCGUAGAUGUGUUAGAAAUAUGACAGCCUUAAGAGGAAACACCACCAGGUAUAGCAAGUCAAACCCAGGUGAUCCUCAUAAAAUGUUAGUGAAUUUCAUCCACAUCUGACACGGAGGCUGAGACUGAUUGCAUACAUUUUACAGUUUUUGUUUGCCAUGAAUACUGUGCAUAAGACAGGAAAGUUAAGGUCUUAUUUUAUUCACUUCAGUAUUUAUACAAAUGACAGUAGAAGCAAUUAAAACUUGGUGUAACAGAUUUUUAUUUAGGUCAAAACUAAAUCUCUCUAUAAAUAUAAAGAGAAGGGGGCAUGAAAUGGGCUUUCCCAUACUUUUCUGCCGAACACUUGGUUCAGUUACUAAUUCUGGUAAAGUAUGUGCUGUGAAAUGAGAUCUGAUGUCUGGAAACCCUGACAAGGGAGAAAGUUGGGUAUUACCAGUAUCCUUUAGAGACUAAUGGAUACUUCAAUAAAGGAAGCAAAUUGGGAAACAUUAAAUGUGUUGACUGAGAGCUAAUAAGAUGGUGCUGUGUUGAAGGACACAUAACAUACUAAAGAUGUUUUCCUUCAAUUUAAGUUGUAUAUUAAUGUUACUAUUGAUAGUUUUAACAAAAUGCAAAACUAAAACCUGAACUUUUGUAAAGAAAUAUAUAAAAAAUAACUGAUAUUCCAAAGUAAUCCUCCCUUUGCUUUCUGUCAUUCAAAAACCAAAAAGCAAUCUUGAGGUCGACAGAGAGCAGGAGAGGUGUUUGUAAUGCAAACUGCUACAUCCCACAGCUUGACACUUGCACUAGUCCACGAUUUUUGCACAAGCUACAGACGUUUCAGAUGAACACAGCCAUUAACACAACAUUAAGAGUCACUUGGUGUGGUUUUUAAAACAAGGAGGGGAACAAUGUCCUUAGUAAUCUGUACUCCUGUUGGAAACUGUAUCUUGUGUGUAAAGCAAGGACUGCAGUGCUUGGACCUCAAGACUGGGAUCUCUCUCUCUCUAUCUCUAUCACUCACACUCACACACACACACACAGACACGGUGUUGCACUGUCCAAAAUAGAUAGGUUUUUAUGGAGAUCUGCUUUUUAUUCUUGUUUAUGUUUUGUCACUUUGAUUAUCACUAUUGUUAUAACUGUACUACUACUUAUACAAUUUAUCAUUACUACUCAUCACUGUUUUGAUUAUUAUUGAUCAAUAAUGGUUUUAAAUGCCACCUCUGCUCAGAAUGAGUAUGGUAUUCCUUUGAAUAUUGAACAAUAAUAGUGGCAGUGUUGUUAUGACUUGUUAGAUUUUUGAUUAAGCUUAUUUUUCCUCCUCACUUGUACCUGCCUUUUUGUGUUUGGUCUCCAUUAUGCUUUCUUUGAUAUACAGAAAAAGAAAUAAAAUCAGUUGAACAACAAAGCA